AAUACUAUUGGUCACUGGGAGACGUAAAGUAGAACAGUAAAAAUCUCUGAUUCCAUUUCAUUUCUUAGAAAUUUUCCAGAGGGGUGAGGUUUUACAAUGAGGGGUACUCUGCUGCUGGUGCUGUUGUUUGGUCUGUCUGCGACAUGGGCUCAAGGAGAGGGCGGAGAAGGUGACCAAGGUUUACAGACAAGGAAUGUCUGGGAUGAGCUUAGAGCUCUGAGAGACAUGGUGGUGGAGCAGAAGGUGGAACUGAGGAACACCAAAGCUGAACUGCAAACCCAGAGGGACAAAGUGGCUGCUUUAGAGAAGGAGAACACAGUGAUGAGCUCCAGACUGACAGCCACUGAAAACAAGGUGACAGCAAUUACAGCAGAGCUGGAAGCGACUAAGUCUGAACAGCAGCUGCAGAAGAAAAAAGUGGAGGAGGCUGAGAGACUGAUUUCUGCACAAGCAGCAGAACUGGCAGCCCUGGUUUCGAGAGUGACAACCAGUCAGAAGGAGGCGCAGGAGCAGAAAAAGGAGGUGACAGCUCUCAGGGAAGAGCUGGAUAUUUCUAAGACUCAACUACAGCUCACCAAGAACAAAUUGGAUGAGAUAGAAAGGACAACUGCAGAAACUCCGAAGCUGGCUUUCUCUGCUGGUUUGACCACUUCAGGAAAGAUUGGACCAUUCAACACUGAAACUCCACUCAUCUACAGUAGAGUCUUCACAAAUAUUGGCGGGGCUUACAACCCAACUACAGGUAUCUUCACUGCACCGGUCAAAGGAGUCUACUACAUAAGAUUCACAGCUUUCAACAACAAAAACGGAGAAUGGAUGGCAGUAAAUUUAUACCGUAAUAGUGAAAGAAUUUUGCAUAAUUCUGAGUUAGCUAACGGUCAUACUUUCAUUGCAAAUGCAUUAAUUCUACAGCUGGAACAAGGAAGUGUCGUCUAUUUGCGUCUCCAACAAAACUGUGGCCUAUAUGAUGAUCCUAGCUCCUUGAACACCUUCAGUGGUUUCCUGCUGUUCCCUCUGUAAGUUUCAGAUAUAGUUUGUCUAUCUUUAUUAAGGCCUUGAGUGUUCUUUGCACAUUCCAGUGGUCUAUUACAUUACAUUUAAUUAAUACUUUGUGAAUACUGUCGUUGGUUACUUAAUUUAAUUAAGUCAAUUAUAUGCACAGAAUAAAGAUGCUGACUCUUGUAUGCUACAACCACUGUCUAAAUAAACUAAUGUGCAUGACCACCAACAAGCUAUACUGUUCUUAACUGGCCCCUGUUAUGAAAGGAUCCCAAAGUUUUGCUGCUCCAUUAUUUAGCAAUGAAAUAUCAGGCGUGAAAGAUGUAUGGGAACAAAGUGUAAAGCUGUAGAUUAACAAUUAUUAUGUGCAAAUUUUAAAAAUGAAAUAAAGAAUGUUAGCAUUUAACUACAAUACCACUGAACAAAUUGGUGGAGCUGACUUUCCCUGAAAACUUUCUACCAGUCAAUACAGUAGAAUUAACUGCCCAACUACUCACUGGUGUAAGACAGAAUGGAACGAGAAGUGUUUGAAGGAUAAAUAAUAGCUAAAAGCUAUGAAAUUGGCAGUAACAUCAUCACAACAUCCAAGUUCACUUAUUGUCUUCUAUUGUGAGUCUGUCAUAAAUGUCUCUCUUGCUCUAUGUAAAACUGCAUAAGAAUGUCAAAAAUAGAGCAUUUGCGUCGUUUACCCAGUUAUGCUGUUGCUUUUGUCAACUUCAGCCAGAGGCUUCAGGAAAGCUUUCACCAAAAUUUGUUUGGUUUUCAUUAUUAAUUGUCAACUAUACAUUUUAUAUUUAUGCUUCUUGA